CGAAUCGCCGGCGACGGAUUCUCAGACGCUGCUAUGGAAGGUCUUAUGGGUCAGGUAGAGAAACGGCCGAUUUCUACCAUCGUCUUCAUCGUCGCUAUGCAAAAAGAAGCUCAGCCUCUGAUCAAUAGAUUACGGCUCGUUAAAGAAGUUAGUACACCGUUUCCAAAAGAGGUGACUUGGCUUCUGUUUAAGGGAAUGUAUAAAGACUUGAACAUCAAUAUAGUGUGUCCAGGAAAGGAUUCAACUCUUGGGGUCGAGAGUGUUGGCACGGUUCCUGCAUCCCUCGUGACUUAUGCUUCCAUUCUAGCAAUUCAACCUGACUUAAUCGUCAAUGCGGGAACCGCUGGUGGGUUUAAGGCCAAAGGAGCAUGUAUUAGCGAUGUUUAUGUUGUCUCCACUGUUGCUUUCCAUGACAGAAGAAUACCCGUUCCUGUCCUUGAUCUAUACGGUGUUGGUAUGCGGAAAGCAUUCCCCACACCCAACCUUAUAAAGGAGCUGAACCUAAAGGUAGGAAGAUUAUCCACUGGCGAUUCUAUGGAUAUGUCUCCACAUGACGAAGAAUCCAUCACAGCAAAUGAUGCUACAGUUAAAGAUAUGGAGGGAGCAGCAGUGGCCUAUGUGGCUGAUAUUUUUAAGGUGCCUACGAUUCUAAUAAAAGGUGUGACUGAUAUUGUGGAUGGCAAUAGACCAACUUCUGAAGAAUUUUUGGAGAACUUAGCUGCAGUCACUGCCAAACUUGAUGAGUCACUUACCAAAGUGAUUGAAUUCAUCAGUGGGAAGUGUCUCUCAGAUCUCUGACAAAUCAUGCAUAUUAACCUGGUAGCUUUCCUCUAAUCAAAACCGUAAGUUUCGUCGAUAAGGUUCACUUAUGUGCAUUGGGGAAAGAAAGGAUAUAAAGAUUCAAGCAAAGG